AUGGCUGCUUUGGCAGGUGACUCCUCUAUUUGUGAUGUGACUAAAAUAAGCAAAGAGAACCUUUUAACCUUAACAAUGGAAAUUGGGGUAGGAAUUUCCAUUGAUCCAAUCAAUGCCUGGAUGGGAGAGAUGGAAGCUCUGUAUCCUGUGUUGAAUUCAGUAGAAGAAUUGGACCUACUUACGUUGGAUCACACUGAAGCAAAACUAACCACUGAAGCCUACUGCAAGAUGGUGCUCCAUGGUGCCAAAUACCCCCACUGUGCCAUCAAAGGGCUGCUGGUGGCUGAGAAGCAGCCGCCACACCACCGUGGCCACAAGUGGGAGUUGCCGCCCCACAUAUUCUUUGUGGACUGCCUCCUGCUCUUCCACGGCAGCCUGGCCCUUGCCCCCAUGCUGGAAGUGGUGCUCAGCCUGAUUGAUUCUUGGUGCACAGAGAACAGCUAUGUAAUAGCUGGAUACUAUCAAUCAAAUGAACAUGUGAAGGACACCAGUCCAAACCUGCUGGCCGAAAAGGUUACCUCCAGGAUUGCAGAAAGCUUCAGUGACAUGGCCCUCAUAAUAGUGGAUAACACUAAAUUUACAAAGAAGUGCCUAAAACCAGCAGUUCAUGUGUAUGAACGCCAUGAAAAUAAAUGGAGAUGCAGAGACCCACACAUUGAUUAUUGUGAAGAUUGGACAGAAGCCCAGAGGAUCUCCCAAUCACUUUUGGACAGCCAGUCCUAG